UUAAUGGCGAUUGGCGGGUGAAGGGGUUAAGGAAAGGAAGAGGAACCGAAGAAGAAAGGCGCCACUUUCCGCCGCUAACGAAAACGAUGGAGUCGCCGAACCCAAACAGAGCGUUAACGAAUACUCGCUUCUCCGACCUCAAUCCGGCGCUUUCCGGCCCGGUGCUCGAUGCCCUGAAAGAAGGCGGAUUUGAUUAUUGCACGCCGGUGCAAGCUGCUACUAUCCCCUUACUGUGCGGCUACAAGGAUGUCGCCGUCGACGCCGCCACCGGCUCCGGCAAAACCCUGGCUUUCGUUGUCCCUCUUGUCGAGAUUCUCCGCCGGGUCUCCCCUGCUCCCAAACCUCAACAGGUAUUGGGAAUUAUCAUCUCUCCAACGAGGGAGUUGUCAUCACAAAUAUAUCAUGUUGCACAACCAUUCAUCGAUACUUUAUCAAACUUCAAGUCCAUUCUCCUUGUUGGAGGAGUGGAUGUGAAGGCUGAUGUGAAGAAAAUAGAAGAAGAAGGAGCUAAUUUAUUGAUUGGGACGCCUGGUAGGUUGCACGAUAUAAUGGAGCGGGUUGGUGACUUGGAUUUUCGGAACCUUGAGGUGUUGAUUCUAGAUGAGGCUGAUAGGCUCUUGGAUAUGGGAUUUCAGAAGCAGUUAACUGCUAUUAUAUCCCGUUUGCCAAAGCUUCGAAGAACUGGUCUGUUCUCGGCUACUCAAACCGAGGCAGUUCAAGAGCUGGCCAAAGCCGGUCUUAGGAAUCCUGUAAGGGUUGAAGUUCGUGCUGAAACAAAGUCAUUGGAUGGUUCGGGGUCAUCUCAACAUCCAGGUUCUUCCAAGACUCCAUCUGGGCUUCACCUUGAGUAUUUGGAGUGUGAAGCAGAUAAAAAACCAUCAGAACUUGUUGAUCUUCUUGUCAAAAACAAGUCUAGAAAGACUAUAAUAUACUUUAUGACAUGCGCUUGUGUUGAUUACUGGGGAGUUGUUCUUCCUCAAUUGUCUGUUUUAAAGGGCCUAUCUUUGAUUGCUCUCCAUGGGAAGAUGAAGCAGAAUGCUAGAGAAAAAGCAUUGGCAAAAUUUACAUCUCUUACAAGUGGUGUUCUUCUAUGUACUGAUGUUGCGGCACGUGGGCUCGACAUCCCAGGUGUUGAUUAUAUAGUGCAGUAUGAUCCGCCGCAAGAUCCAAAUGUAUUCGUCCACAGAGUUGGCCGAACUGCUCGUCUGGGUAGGCAAGGUCAUGGCAUCGUUUUUCUAUUACCUAAGGAGGAAGCCUAUGUAGAAUUUCUGAGGAUUAGAAGGGUUCCUCUUGAAGAGAGGGAAGGCACUGAUGAUGCCCCAGAUGUUGUCGCUCAGAUUCGAUCUGUUGCCAGAAAGGACCGAGAUGUCAUGGAGAAAGGGCUGAGGGCGUUUGUCUCCUUCAUCCGUGCAUAUAAAGAACAUCAUUGUUCUUAUAUUUUCAGGUGGAAAGAACUCGAAGUUGGGAAGUUGGGCAUGGGAUUUGGGCUAUUACAACUUCCUUCAAUGCCUGAAGUGAAACAUCACUCCCUCUCCAUCGAAGGUUUCGUUCCAGUUGAAGACCUCAAAUUGGGGGAAAUAAAAUUCAAGGAUAAAUCUCGAGAGAAACAAAGGAAGAAGAAUUUGCAAACUAAGAAAGAAGCAAAGCUGCAUGAAGAUAAAUCCCAGAAGCCCAAAAGGAACCCUGAUGCUGCUGCCCCAGCAAUGAGGAAGAAAACAGCUAAGCAAAGGCGUGCUGUCCAGAAUGUGGAAGAUGAAGAGGAGCUAGCUCGUGAAUACCGUUUACUUAAAAAGCUGAAGAAAGGGGCUAUUGACGAAACUGAAUUUGCAAAGUUAACAGGAACAGAAGAGUUAACUUGAAGUCUAUGGUCAUCCCUCACCUCAGCACUCUCCUGCUUGUGUUCAGAAAGAAACAUAGGACAUAGCAGGAGGGAUCUAAAGGUAUCCAAGAUUUGAGGAAGGAGUAUUGCACCCAGCAAAUUAGCAAGUCAGCUGAUAGAAGCUAGACACCAGCAAUGGGAGAAGUUCGCCUUGCUUCAGGAGGUUAUGCGUUCUGACAGAUGAGAAAUCUUGUAAUCACUAUAUUCCAAUUUUGUAUAGUCCUCGAUCAUCAUUCCUGAUUUGUGGUCAUUAGAACCUCCUCAAGGACUGUCAGAUUUAUAAAAGCAUGUGUAUGAGUUCCAACUGACAUGUACCUUUCGGAACCAUUUAUUUGAGCAGAUUUUUAGUAGGAAAAGAGAAGUUAGAUUUUUCCAAGAGAAGCUGAUGGGAAAGCAUCCUUAUGCAAGACAAAGAUAAGUUUACUUGAAAGGCUCUUUAUGAUUGUCAUCUCCUAGUUCCUUCAACCAUUGCCUGGAUGUCUCGAGUUCGUUGUUCAGGCCCUCUAGUUUGCUAAACAGUUUAGUAGUGUCAGGAAACCAACCCAUGAACUUGAAGUUUACGUGGGCUCACCAUACCUUGUGCUUUAAUCAACUGCUGAAUCUUAU